GGAUAUUGUGACGGUUUGAGAUACAUGUGAGAAAAAAAGAAAAAAAAAGAAAAAGAGAGAGAGAAAGAGCACUCUCUCAACGGUUUCUAACACCUAUUCUUACCACAAAUACAGAACAGGUACAAGAACAAGCCCUUUCUAGAGAGAGAAAGAGGAAGAAGAAGAAGAAGAAGGUUUUGUUUGGUCAGAAAGAAAAAAAAAAACAUGGACGGCAAAGUGGAUGAGGUUGUCUCUGUGGAGCUCCCAGCGCCUCCUGCUUGGAAAAAACUGUUUGUGCCGAAGAAGGCAGGAACGCCAAGGAAAACUGAGAUAUUAUUCAUUGCGCCUAGCGGGGAGGAGAUUACUGGCAGAAAACAAUUGGAGCAGUACCUGAAAUCACACCCUGGCAACCCUGCUAUAUCGGAAUUUGAUUGGAGUACCGGUGAGACCCCUCGAAGAUCGGCGAGGAUCAGCGAGAAGGCCAAGAUAACUCCACCCCCACUAGAGAGUGAGCCCCCCAAGAAGCGUCGGAGAUCAUCGAUAUCAAAGAAAGAGAAGAAAGAGGCGGAUGCUGCCCCCAAAGAAAAUGAUGGUGGGAAUAAAACAGAUGCAGGGGCAGCUGAAAAGAAAGAUGCAGGGGCUGCUGGAGAGAAGGAUACCUCCCAGGAAAAUUCAGCUGAAAAUGGUGGCAAUCCACAAGAGCAAAAGAAUGUUGCUAAGCCAGAAGAUGGGAAAGAUGUGGGCCAGAGUGAUGCUAAGGUAACCGACGGUGUUCAAGCGGAAGGAGAAGCUGCCAAUUCCAAGAGUCAGGAGAAAGAUGAUAAGCAAAAAGUUGAAGAAGUGGAAAAUGGAAAAGAAAAGUUGGCCGAGACUGAGACAGAGAAACCAAACGGUACCGGUGAGAAGAAAGAGGGUGAGACCACUGCUGUAACCGUGGAAGCAAAUGGAGGAGCAGGGAAAGAGAACCCUCCUUGUGGAGUGGAGCCUCCAUCGGAGGGAGAGAGCAAGGCGAAACAAGUGAGCGACAGGAAACCCGAUGUCCAGGCCGAGGAGAAAAAGGAUGAGGCAAUUAUUGAGAAUGGAAAAGUCGAGCACGUGGUGCGAGCUGAUGCUACGCUUCAUCCAUCACCUUCCCCUGUGAGCUGCUGAAUGCAAUGUGCUAGUUUGUACUCUCUCUCUCUAGACUCUGUCGAAGGUGAUUUUCGAAUUUGGGUAGCAUCAGGAUUCCAUGGAUGACUGUAAUUCUAAUGUUAUCGCUGUUAAUUAGUAAUUAACUGUAUGUUCGUCUAGUAAAAUAGCUGGUAGAUUUUUGUAUUUUUCGGUGUUGUGCAGGAACUAUGAUUGUAGACGGUGAAACUUCUUUUGUUGGGCAGUCUCUGGUCUUUUACCAUGUUGUAGAGUUAGGUUUUUAGCUUCUGCAAUGUUUGUAUUUUUAUGUUGUUACAUUGUUGAUGUUAGCGAUAUUUAAACUCUUA